UUCCUCCGGGAAGGGACUGACGGGGGGCCAGCUGUCCCAGGGCUGUCCAGGUAUUUGGCAGAACAUGCUGGAGCAACUUCUGAUCCACCAGCCCAAGGAUCCCAUCCGGUUCAUGAUCAAUCACUUGCAGCGAGACAAUGACAACGUGCCCAAGAUUGUCAUACUCGGUCCACCGGCCUCGGGGAAAACAACCAUCGCAAUGUGGCUGUGCAAACACCUGAACAGCAACCUGCUCACGGCCGAGAACCUGAGAGCAAAGGAAUAUUCCUCCCUGGCCGAGGACGCCAGGAGGCACGUUCAGGCAGGGCAGGCGGUGCCCAGCACGCUGCUCGGCAAGCUGAUCCAGGAGCGCCUGGGCGAAGAGGACUGCGUCAGCCGGGGCUGGAUUCUGGACGGCAUCCCGGAAACUCGGGAGCAGGCGCUGAUGAUGCAGACCCUCGGGAUCGCCCCCAGGCACAUCGUCGUGCUGAGCGCUCCGGACACGGUGCUGAUCGAGAGGAACCUGGGGAAGAGAAUCGACCCUCACACUGGAGAGAUCUACCACACCACCUUCGACUGGCCCCCCGAAUUGGAGAUCCAGAAACGCCUGGUGGUGCCCGCGGGCAUCUCGGAGCAGGAGACGGUGCAGAGGCUGCUGGCCCACCACAGGAACAUCGUCGGGGUGCUCCCCCUGUACUCGGGGAUCCUGAAGGCCGUCAGUGCCGACCAGCCCUGCGUGGACGUCUUCUACCAGGCUCUGACCUACGUCCAAACCAACCAUCGAUCCAACGCCCCGUUCACCCCGAGGGUGCUGCUCUGCGGGCCCCCGGGCAGUGGGAAAAGCCUGCAGGCCGCCCUCCUGGCCCAGAAAUACGGCCUCAUCAACGUCUGCUGUGGGCAGCUGCUGAAGGAGGCCGUGGCCGACAAGACCAUGUACGGCGAGGUCAUCCAGCCCUAUUUUGAAAAGGAGUUGGCAGUGCCCGACAGCAUCAUCAUGAAGGUGUUGGCCCAGCGCCUGAACCAGUACGACUGCCUUCAGAAAGGGUGGGUGCUGCACGGCUUCCCGCGGGACCUGGACCAGGCCUACAUGCUGAGCAGCGUGGGCUACGCGCCCAACAGGGUGUUCUUCCUGAACGUGCCGUUAGACUCUGUCAUCGAGCGGCUGUCCCUGAGGAGAACCGAUCCUGUCACCGGAGAAAGGUACCACCUCAUGUACAAGCCGCCUCCGACCAUGGAAAUCCAGGCCCGUCUCCAGCAGAACCCCAAGGACACUGAGGAGCAAGUCAAGCUCAAAAUGGACCUGUUCUACAGGAACUCGGCCGAGCUGGAGGAGUUCUACAAGCAGGCCAUCACCCUCAACGGGGACCAGGACCCCUACACAGUCUUUGAGUACAUAGAGAGUGGGAUCAUUCACCCCCUGCCCAAUAAAGUCCUCUGA